AUGAGCAGGAAAUCCAAAGCUUCGCCUGGAGCCGUAGAGGAGACGGAGGAGACUCGAGUGGAGAAGUUUGGACGGUUUCUCUACGAGUCUUUUGAAAAAACUUUUCGGCCAUCUGUCUUUGACUUGCAGCUUCGGUAUUAUGGCGACUACCUGCACCACUUUGGCUUUUCCAUGGAAGCCGAGACGAAGGGGCGGAAGCUGUCGUUCUUGUCAGACUCAGGAAGUACACCCAGCCCUACUGGCGCGUUGUCGCUGCUUCACGAGGCUCUCGCGCAUGGAGAUGACCCUGUUGCAGAUGCCGGGUGGGGCAUUGCCGAGGAGGAGCGGAAGGAGGCAGACGCACAAGCACGCGCAGUGGGUCCGUUGGAUGUGUCAACAAAACUGGAAGAGAUGACGAUGAAAGUGGUUGAGCCGUUUCAGCGGGUGACAUGGAGACAGUCCGUGACACAGUGCUCGAUGAAAAAGGCACGGGCGCUGUACUGUUGGUUGUGCGAGAACAUCACUGUUGAGAUACACUUCCCUGCUGCCUUGGCCGAGGAGGAGGCUGCCGCUGCGGCAAAGAAGGAAGUUGGAGGAAAGGGCAACGCAGCGUCACGUAACCUGAAACGAAAAGCAGGGACGGAUGCGCAGCCUGCAAUGGCCCCUGUGGAGGUUGUAGACCCUUUUGUGAAGGUCAUGCAGGAACGCACCACCGACCCGCUUAUGUUGGCACGUUUGUAUCAAAAGUGCCUGCACUAUGCUAAGGUGGAAAGUAAAGUUGUUGAGGGUCACGUGCGAGGGCGUGCGCCGGAGGAGACCAUUGAGUGGGCGUGGAAUAUCGUGUCUAUCCCACAGCAGGAGGACAGCGUGAAGCGGUACCUGGUGGACGUUGCUCUCUCGUCCUACACGGGCCCACUACGGCACGUUACACGGAGUAAAGACGCUGUGGAGGAAAUAGAUGCCUUGAAGGAGCCCAACUUAAAAGAUACGCCACCCGCUAAGUCCAAUCGCCCUAUUUUUACUCCGAACGAGAAGCCGGCACGAAGCCCACUUGAUGCUCCAGCUUUGGUGUCGUCUCGUUUAGCGACGAGGCGCAUGGAAAGUUUCUACUUUAAUACGCAUCCACAACAAUUCUUCGCCACACAUUUUCCAAAGGCGAGUUUAGAUACGUUGCUUCUGACGCCUCCACGGAAGGUUGUCUGGGAGGAUGCCCCGUGCCUGACGCACACGUUCUUUCGUUUUCCAUUGGCUUUGAGCUCACAUCGGCGUCGAUGCUUCUUCACGGUGCGCUCCACACCAUUCUACAUUAGUUUUGUGAACGAGAAACCUGAGCGAGUGGAGCUUACCUGUUUCAUCUACAAGGGUACACUUGAGACCUUGCCUGAGGACCUUAGCACGGCGACGCCACUAGGACCUCAGUGGGUGUGGCAUCAGCGCGAAGAGACCACCAGUUGCGAGACCUUCACACUUAUGGUGCCAGAGGCGGGAUAUUAUGGCGUAGUGGUGGGGGCGAGGGAUAUACGCCAGGACCCUUUUACAGCUGUCAUUUCUGAGGAACUCUUUCUGCCUGUUGUGGCGUAUCAAGUGUUGGUGACGUUUGUUCCGGAUCAGGUGCCGCAACUUCCCCGUCAGUACUUUACCCCGUCAGUGUGUAAACUCCUCGCGCCUUUAACGCAUCAGCUUCCGGAGGGCAUCACACAGUUUGUUGUGAUGCCGUCGUGUGCAAAUGUUGCAGGUGUCGCGGUGGUGUCAAGGCAGUUAACUGAAGGAACGAGAGACCUGUUGGCAUUUCUGCCCUUUUCAUCCAAACUUGUCGCAUACACCGGCGAGGUGACGCUGACCAGUGGCUGUGAGGUGGAGGUGUGGAUACUCUACGCCGCCCCGGACCAUAACUAUGUGAAUACGACGGAGCUUCCCCGUGUGGAGCCGAGCUUUCGGCAUCGAAUUUCCUUUGUCUUCCCGGAUGUUGACGUCAGUUGUGGCAUGACGCUUCCGACGACGGUCACAGGAACAAAAUCAUUGUUUCUGCCGUUUGUGACGGGCAUUGCGGUCAAAAAGUUUGGUGCGGCCGGCAAGGGGGUGCGCCACAUUCAACCGCAGCCCACACUGGAGGACGAGCAGCAGCCAACGCUGCGGCGUCUCAUUGGAGUGACGCCUGAAUUGUUUCGUGAGGCCGCCGCAGCCAUUUCGAAGAAGUCGCGGCCUGUUGGAUCGUACUUUGAGAGAAAAGUUUUGCUAGUCAGGAGGACGGCGGGAGAUGUAUGA